AUGGCUCCCCACAGGCUUGCCGCGCUACUACUGGUCGCGAGCGUUUUCGUGUGCCAGGUGGUUGUGACCCUGGGGUUCAUCGCGCCCAAGGCUUCUGUCGCCGUUGGAAGCAGCGCCGGCGAGGGCUUCCUGGGGGAGACAUUGCAGGAGAAGGGGCUAGGUGCGGGCACAGCUCUAUGGUUUCUUCGAGGCCGGACAGCAGAGGUGGUGAUGGGGCUACUAUGUGCCUUGGGGCAUGGGCCAACGCAGGGACAGCAGCGAUCAUCAUCCCCUCUCCAGCGCAACCCAUUCCAGGAGUUCGCCACCCUGUUCUGGCUGGGGCAGCCGGACCGAGCGCUCUGGGUGCUGUGCUACGGCCUCGUCGCCUCCGGCCACCACGACGACCCCUACGCCGCCCCCGCGGCGCCGACUGUCGAGGGGAAGGGGGUUUCCUCAACAGUGGCGGCGGCCAACUUGUCGGGUCUCGACCUGUGCAACCGCGCCAUCGAGGUCGCGAUGAGACCCUUCCUCGUGUCCAAGCUCCGGCAGAUCGAGAGCAGAGGCAAGCCCGCCCGCGACAGGUCGGCGGUAGCGGCGGCGGCCGGCGGCGGUGGCGACGGGGCGGCGGGAGACCCCCUGCUGAUCAACGCGCGGCGGGCCGCGGCAGCACCUGGCCCGGAACGGGAUGGAAAUCUCGGCGCUGGAGGUGCUUGGGAGUGA